AUGUAUAUCGCCAAGUCGACUCUCCUCGCCAUUGUGGCUCUCACCGGCCUCGUUGCGGCCCAGACCCCCGGAUGCUUGCUUUCCGUCGUUGGGGACCAGCCCAAUCCCGCUGACCUCAAGACUAUCUGCGGUGACGCGGCUUCCAAAGUUCAGAGCGCGAUCAAGAGCGAGUGCGGUGAUGGCUCUGCCAAUGCCUUGCAAGUAUUCUCGAGCACCUGCUCCUCCGCUGGAUUCCAUGUUGCUGAGGUGACGUCUACCGCUUCGGUCGUUUCUUCUACUGGCACUGCUACUUCUAAGCCCACCGGAUCUACCUCGGCUACCGCUACUGGCUCUGCCUCUGGCUCUGGUGCCACCGGUUCUAGCUCUGGCUCUGGCUCCGGCUCUGGCUCUGGCGCAAGCUCUACUGCAACUUCCACUGGCAGCAGUGCCUCUGCUUCGGCAUUCCAUGGCGCGGCUCCAUCGAACCAAGCUGGCUCCGCUGCUGCAUUUGCCGCUGCCGUGUUUGUUGGGUUCGCCUCUCUGCUAUUAUCUAUUUUUGGCUCUUACCAGUGUCAGAGUGGUCAGAGGAAUCGAUGUUGCAGUGAUGGUGCCGUCGGCGCUGCUUAA